UAUUAACCAUCUAUAUAUUAGCUUAAGCAAAGGAUUAAGUAUUAACCAUCUAUAUAUACUAUAAUAAAGCACAAAUCCAAUUUGUCAUUCAAAUAAAUAUGGAAUUUUUUGGAGAUAGAAGUGAAAAGUGGAGUAAUAUUUUCCUAUUAGAAGCCAGUGGUGACUCUCAAUCUGAUUCCAAGAUUCAUCUAGGCACCUCUCAAGAAAAUUUUGAUGAAGCCAAUAAUAUUGUUGAGGACGAUGAUGCAGAAUCAUGCAGCUUUGAAUCCAAGGAUAUUCUUGGAAAUGCACAAGAAGUGACUAGUGCCUUUGAAGAACAUGACGAACAUAGCUUAAAUGACGAAAUACAAGAAAAUGAAGGACACCAUUGUUGCAGAAAAGAAGAGAGUUUCCAAAUUUUUGGAGAGUCAAUGGAAGAGAAAGAAGAAGAUAUAUCAAGUGAUGAUAUUAUUGCUAAGGGUAGUAGUAGGGUUGCAAAUGUGGAAGAUGAGGUGGAAAGAAACAGGCUAUUCUGGGAGACUUGUUUUGAAGAAGCAGCUCGAACAUUACACGGGUGGUUGGUUACUGUUUUUCGGAACUGUCAACAUUUAAGAAGCAAAGGCAAAAACCAAUUAAAGACAUAUACAUUCGAAUAUCCUGUUAUUUUGGUGGAGAAACCCAUCGAAAGUGGUGGAUUACUGAUCAACUAUGGAAUAUAUUUUAAUAAUCUCAGAGGUAUCUCAUGAACAAUGCCCUCUAAGAUUACUGAAGUGCUUACUAGUUGGGAUGAAGCUGGAACUGGAGCUGGAAACAGAGAUAGAUGGAGGACUAUCCCUGCAGGUAUAUGGCGGACAAUCUAGAAGGAGAGAACUCCAGAUGUUUUGAAGAUAGCAAUUCAGUACAGAAGACCAAACUGAAUUGUGUUCUUUUUUAUUUUUGGUGUAAACAGAAGUGCCCAGAAGAUACUGUAUCCACGGGCGGAUUUAGGGGGGGCGGAAGUAGGGUCCUUCGCCGAAAAAUUACACUGUAUAUAUAAGGCAAAAGCUGUC